CCCCGUACGAGGUCCAGUACACCUUGUGAAGGCAAGCCUCAAUGGGUGCGAUGUAGACUUGAUCAAAAAAAUUGCUUGGGUGAGAUUGCGAAGGCGAUGGGGAAGAAGUUGUCGACUCACACUCGAGGCUUCAAAGAUAAGAAGAAAAAUCAUUGUUCGUACGAGGACGUGUUUGAUCAGCUCAUGGAGUGGAGUUCCGUUCACAUUGAUGAGCUGAUGUCAAAGUACGGCCCCGGCGAACAAUCGUCUGGCCAUGGGGGUUCAUGCGGACAAGGGUCGGACGCAACGGCGACACCAAAGUCACGAGGUGGCAGACCUCGCAGUGACGCAUUGAAAUGGCGCGACGGCAAGCCGGGAUAUUCGGAUAAUGGUCUGAUGUUUGAACGAUUGAGUGUGAGGGACCAAAUGACCAUGUGGGAUGCUAAAGCAAGACCUGAUGUCGUUUUCAUUGAGCCGGUCAAACUUUUACAGAUUAUCGGGAUGUUCGAGCAAACGUGUCCUCGGCACGGAAAAAACGUUGAGGUGACGAUCAAGAAGAUCCAUUAUCCAUGUCACAUUUGCAAGUUGCAGUUCGAGUGCGGGAAAGGGUGCACUUGGCACUGGAGUUCCGCGAAGGUUGUUUCACCGAGCGGGCAUUGUACGGUGACGGUGGUGGAUUUGAAGUCAGGAAUGAUCGUGGGGACGGAGACCAUGCUCCGGGGGAACGAGUCGUCAUGGAAGCUGGAGACACAGUGUGUUGAGAAACUGCUACAUCGGUUGAAGGACGAGAAAAACCUCAUAAUCGCAGAGGUUGUGCAUGAUGAUUGUGGCGUGGUUGACGUCAUAUUGCAGCGAAUGAACAUUGACUCUCAAAAGUGUAUGUGGCAUAAGGUGACGACUUUGGACAAAUGCUUGCGAGAGGCUGUGCGCGGCACGAAGACUGUCAAACCAGCUGCAGUCGGGGCUUGCGAGCAUGUGCGCGAGGUGAAGUGGGUGUCCACGAGAAAAAAAAAUGAACUCGUUGAGAUUGUUUGGGGCGUGCUCUUCCCCGACGAAGCAGGGAAAGCGUUGCCAGAUGAUGUCAUCGAGAUCGACGCGUUGCAAACUCUGCAUUGCAAUGCGGCGGAAGAGGCGAAGAAGUGGUUGUACGGCGCUUGCAGGCUGCGCGAGCGCGCAAAGGAUGACGAUGGCGAUGUGUUGGCUACGCAUGUGCAACACCUCGCCGAUCAUUGGGCCGGGGAUCACUCCUGUUGCGAUAAGGAGUUGUCCAACCUGUGCAAGGCGACUGGGGGUCCGGACAGGGAUCCAUUGUACGAGGCGGGGGGGCGUGUUCAUUUCGCCGCCGUGCACUGUCUUGAACAGUUCGCUUCGAUUUCGAAGAUGGCGUACUACACACAUGCGAGGAUGACCUUCAACAACGAGUGCUUCCACUCCGUGAUCAACAAGUACGCAACGAAACGCCUGAACUUCCCCAAGUCGUAUGAGGCGCACGUGUGUUUCACAGCUGUGGAGUGGAACAAAAACAAAUGAAUCAGGCGAUUGCGAACGGUCUUCCGCAAACCAACAAACGUUACCCAUCGAC